AUGGUUCAGGUGGUAUAUAAACUCGGCAAAACUACCCCAAAAACAUCAUUCCUUCAGCAACAUCCACGGACAACACCUGCUAAAAAUCUUCAGACACAAAUCAAAAUGGCAGCUAAAUUCAUCUUCGCAUUUGCCUUCCUUUUCCUUGCUUUAACUAAAGCUAGCCCUGUUUACACACCUGAAAGUAAACCUGAUGAGGCAUCAUCUACAACGGCUGUUUACGUUCCUCAUGCAACCUUUCCCAAAUCCGACACUUAUCCUGAAAACAGUUACGAUGGAUAUUUGGUACCAGUUGAAAACUAUGAAGAGCCAGGAUUCUUAGAGACUUUUGUACCAAAAACUAAGAUGGCAACUAAUAUAGCUCUUGGACUCAUUACUAAAAUUGCCUUCUACUCCAUGGGUGCAUUUGCUACAUUAUCUACUCUUGCCAUCGGCUUCAGCAUCCUCUGCACGUUCACUUCAGUUUGCUUUAAUUUCCAAAUGUGGUGGGCCGGAUUUGGGAGAUCCAAUGGUAUGAGAUCUUUGCUUUCUUCGGACAACCUCGACGCCGCAGAAGAUGCCGUAAAUAAGGCCUUAACUAAAUUUAAAAGAUUCCAAAGAGCUGUUACUUCUGACUACUAA